UACGCUUUGUGAAAUUUUCCCCGUGGCAAGGACUUGAAUUGUCCAUAUCGGACAUUUUUCCGACCACGGAUCAGUUUUGCUGUCAUUUUGCUGUGUCUUUUUCGUGCCCAGACAGCAAUUUCACAUUUGGCGCAAAAGUCUACGAAAGGGUACCUUUUUGGGACAACAGCUGGAACCUUUACUGGGGAAAGCUUCAUAACAAGGCAUAUGCGACUGGUGAAUCAAGGCUGCAAUACAAGCGACCAUGAGAUGUGAAGUGUGCAACACAAAUCAACCGCAGCAGAUGUACUGUCCUUCAUGUGUCAACUUCCAACUGUUGAAGACGAGGUUGAAAUACCUCGAUGUGCUCAGUUCAUUAGAUCAGCUUCGAGACAAUGUUGAUUCGUGUAUCAAGCACUGUAUCAAAGGUGCAAACUAUUCUUUUGUUGAGAAUGUCAUGAAGGGUAAGCACCAUACUGAUAAUAUUGAUCCAUCUCUGGAAAAUGGUGUCGUUGCACUGAGCUCGCAGCUGUUGACCAUCGAUGCCAGAAUCUUGAAGAGGAGGAAUGGCAAAUUGUCGAGAGAUGUUGAAUCCUUCAAAUCCAAGAAUAAAGAGUUGAAACACAGGAUUCAUAGGCUUAGAGAGAUGCUCCAACGGCGUAAACAUGGUGUUGAGCCCAAGAAUACAGGUCUGGAGAAGGAAAUCCGGGAGUCCACGAGGUUCAAGCAGGAGGAUAAUCUCCAUUUGACUAAACAGAUAAACAACUCCAAGUCGCUGCUAUUUCAAGAGCUGAUAAACAUUUAUGUCAUCAAGAGAAGGAGAGUGACUGGGACGAACCAGACGGUAUUUAUGAUCUUCUUCAUGCCGAUAAUCUCCUGUUCAUCUCUGGUUGACUAUAACCAUGAAAUGGUCUACUGCAGUUUGGCACAGGUUGCGAAAUUUGUCAAACAAUGCUCAAAAGUGCUGAUGUGUCUCCUCCCCUAUGAUAUUGAUAUAGGGAUCGAUACCCGGGUUCAGGGGAACAGAAUCAACAUGGAUAAGCCGAUAUGGCUAUUGGACAACUUACAGCUAAGAGAGUUGAUCAGGGCAUACGCCAUGCUGAUAGUGGACGUGUGUACUCUCCUCGGUGAGUUACAUCUCACAGAUGAUAUUCGGAGUUAUAGGGACCUACUACGGCUCGACGGCCUGGUCUACAAGCUCGCCAACAACGGGUUUACCCUCGAUGAGCUGAAGACCCCAGGCAAGCCCCACGCCAAACCGUUCAAGACAGACGAGCCAAUCGACCUCGAAAUAGUCAACACUCUGUGCUAUGAAACGGUCCUGCACCGCAUCAGGAACAAGGACAACGAAUGGCACGUUGUCAAGAAGGAAUACCUAGAGAAAUAAACGGCUCCUGCCAAAUCGCAACCUCCAUUGUAUACUCUCUCGCUUCAAAUAAAGUCCGAUACCCCCACU